UCGAGGUGGGAAGAUUGAAAUCUGUCGCACGCCGCAGCUGCUCGUAGCCGUUUGGACGCUGCGUUCUGGGCAAGGGAUGUUUUGCCACGGCAGGUUCACAUGGCAGUACAAGAGAAGCACGGUUGCUGCAGGUUGCUGCACCGGCGUUCGCACGUGCUUCUGCAAACCUCCGUUGUCGUUUCCUGUCGUGUGCGCUGUGCUGCGACGUGCAUGGCGGACCAUGCGAGGAAGUUGUCGCUGCUUUGUGUCCUCGUCCUCCUAUUGCUGCUCCUGCUCAUACUGCACCUGUGGUCUUCGAGGCGUGCAAGGGUUGUGCCCCACAAGCGGAAGCUGACGAGAUCGAGCAAGCAUCCGGCGUGUAAAGGAGGGAUGGGUGCCGGCGGCGACGGGGCGGACAUGUUCAUGUACGGGGUUACGGGGGGUGGCGGCGAGGGCUGUUUUCCAUCGGAUACACCACGUUACGAUCCAGCACUUUAUGCGCACCUGCCGCCGCAUCUUCAGUCCCUUCCCGACGAUGAGAAUUGGCAGCCGCCUCCAUCGACAUUCAACCUCACGCACGGCUCCACACAGUCCAUAUCGGACAGUGGAGUGUGGGUGGGAGAUCAGCAGCCGAGGCAGGGGCCAAUGACGUCACUUCUGUUCGACGGAUUGCACCAGAGAAUGUGCCCACCCCUCGAUCUGCAGUUGUCUUCGGGGGUUCGCCCUGUCGCGUCACGAACGCUUAUCAUCAAUCCCGCCAGCCGUUCGGAGGGCGACGCGUCAGUCGGACAGUCGGCUCGGCGGCCGGGUGCUGCGAGCUUGCAGCCAACAGCCGCACCUGCGAAGACCAACAUUCAUGCAGGUCCGACGGUGACGCGACCGAUGGCGAGGGUUCGGGCAUCAUCGGAGGGUAGGCAAGCCAAUGUCGUGGACGACAUCAUCGCCAAGGUGUCCACGAUGCGCGCCACGAGUGACGGAGAUGGCAGUGCCGGUGGGGGUGCGGACUGUGAAAUCGUGGAAGAUGCAGCAGCAGACGACGUGGAGGAGGAAGACGACGAAGUCGACGCUGAGGAGCCAUGGCCUACGAUAAAGAGUCAGAAGAAAACGCCGGCGAGGAAACCAGCUCCGAAGGGGCGGGGGAAGGGGACGGCCAAGGAUGGGGGUGGCGAGAGCGGCGGGGGAAGGAUAAUAUGGAAUCUGGAUGACUCCAUCACCCUCGUCCGCUGCAAGAGGGAGCAUGACGAAACUCUUGCUGCGGCGGGCCAUAACUUUGCGAGGAUGAAGACGAAGCAGUGGAAAUGGACUGACAUCGCCAAGAGGAUGGAGGUGCUGGGAGUGACCCGUGAGUGGGAUGUGUGCAUGAAGAGAUGGGAGAAUAUGUUCUCGUGGUACAAGAAGGUGCAAUGGAGGGAGAAGGAGUCCGGGUUGCAGUCGUUCUUCACGCUAACGCUGAAAGAACGAGCCGAUAAAGGGUACAAUGUUGUGGCGUGGCCGUUGAAGGCUAUCCACGUGUCAGAAGGGGGGGGGGGGGUUGAACGGGAGUGCGGUGUCUGCAAACGGGUCGUCAAGGAACAUUCCAGAUCGCCCUUCGAUCGACAACCAUCUCAAGCGGCGACAAUGGACAUCGUCAUUUGUUAUCGCGACGUGGUGCUUAACCGCACUGUCGUCUUCUACGAGUAUCGACACAGGAGAGGCAACUCGCACGGAAGGGCAAUGGAAUUCGAUCAUCAUGUCAACCAUGAGGACUUCCGGUAUUACGAAGCGAACGCCAAUGCAGUGACAUGUCUUGCGGUGGUCGUAGGGUUCAGAUUCGGUCGACGGGCGCUUCGCGAAGUCAUCAUGCACAUCACGAGGGUCGGAACGGCUGUGCCGACCAGGUUCGUUGGCGGAGUGGACGUGUUGGCGGAGAUGGUGCGCAUGCUAAUCUCUAAUUUCGCCAUGGAGUUCCGUGACCGCAUGCACCACCCGGCCACGUACACGGUGGUCCUUCAUGCGCCUUUCGAGCAGAGGCAAGACCUGCAUGGGGAUAUCGACAUUUUGAGGGAGGGUAUGUUCUGACAGACGUCGUCGUUUGCUCUCUAUCUGUUGGGGCGGACUACCGGUACUUGUCAUUCGUGAAGUCGGCGACGGACGCGUGAGCAUGUGUAGAUUCAAAUUCGUCGCAUGAGCAUGUGUAGGAGAGAGAGGGAUCUGGAUGAUAGAUAGAUAGAUAGAUAGAUAGAUAAAUAGA